UUAUCUGAGUGAUGCAAAUAUUGUCUGAAGUAACUCCAGAAUAUUAGAAUGAAUUGUCUCAUAUUAAUUGCCGUUUCGUAUAUAUUGGUUUUGGGUGUAGACGGUUUGAAAGAUGGAUAUCCAGAUAAAGGAGGAAACUGCAAAUACGAAUGCCUGCGGGAUGAGUACUGCGAUGAUCUCUGCAAGAAAAAGAAAGCUAAGAGUGGAUAUUGUUAUUGGGGCAAACUUUCGUGCUAUUGCUAUGGUCUGCCAGACAAUGAACCAACCAGAGGAAGUAGUGGAAAAUGCAGGCCUGCUUUAGGUCGAAAGUAAAUGUAUUUUGUGGAAUAUUCCAACUAGUUAUUGAUAAUAAUUCUUGAGAAAUAAAAAAACAAUAAAAAUUAUAUAUAUUUAAUUU